GCGGCAGCCGGUGGUCGUCGCGCUACUAAUGGCAACCGUGCUAGUGACGUCCACGCAACUGCAAAGGCGGCAGCAGUUGGAAGUGGCCCUCGGUGGCGGUACGGCCGUGCUCUUCUACCCGAUGCUUCGCUCCCCUCUACUGGACUCCGCGUCUGUCGUUUUCGCCUGCGAGUGACCGAGAGCAAGCGCGAGUAACAGAUUGGCAACAACAAACCCAGAUAAGUGAACAGUUUGUGUGCGACGGGUCGCGCCAGCGCUAGAGAUGGUCGGCGACGUGGAGAAACUGAAAACUUAGCGCGUUGAAACGGAGCGCCAGCAUUGCGUGCUCACUAGGUUGUUACGGCUGGAGUGACAGCGACGCCGCUGCUACUUUUAGCCGACUAGUGGAUUGUUCCAAGACGAAAGCCAGCGAGCCCAGCUAAGUUGAAUCAGCUUUAAACGCAGUUAUAUGCAGCUUUCAUUGUCGUUAGUGAACAGCACAGACUCACUUUCCUCGUAGCUUGUGGCUGUGCAUGAUAUCGUGCAGGACAGUUAGUGGGCCAGCCAACCGACUCUGGAGUAUAAAGCAGCAGGCAAGAAAUUCGUCUAAACGGCGGGAGUAAACAAUGGCAACUCAAUAAAUUCUCCGGCUACCACUGCCACCGAUAUGAGCAUGACACUUGACUAUAUCAACUGCAUUCUAAGUCAAUAGACAACGACACCAAUAUGAGCUGGACGUACUUCUACGAGACGCCAUUGCUAAAUAGCGUUUCGUGGACCGCGUCGCAGAUAUAGCAGUUGUCGCCGUUACUACUAAUGCGAUUGCUAGGGCUCUACGAUCGCAGCAAAUUCAAUUUCACGAAACAAAGGUCGGCAGAGUAGCGGGAGUCAGUGGUACUUUAAUGCUGUACAUCCAGCCUGUUAGACCGCCAUGGUCGGUGGUGGCGUGUUGUCAGGAGUUCGCUGCUAAGUGAACUUGAAGCCGGACCUUUGUCGUUGUCAAAUAACUACGACCUCUCUUCUUUUCGGGUAGCCACAGUUAGACGUUGCCAUAUAUUAGUUGCUGUAUCAACCUGCGAAAAAGGUCUGGGGUCUAGAGGCGGUGCUUCCCAAAAAGGCCCGAAUAAAAAGGAACAGUAUUCGUAACGGACGGAACAGCUAAGGCAAAACACCAGAACGUGUGUGACCGCCGCUGCGAAACAGCCCAGAGAAGCCAAAACAUGAACGAACAUCGAAUGACAGAUAGAAUCUUGAAAAAAAAAAAUGUAAACGAAAUACAUGAAAAACCAAAUCUAGGUAGACAAACAGAAACAAUCAUUCAGGCAGGGACUAUAUAUUAUUGAUGUUGUUUUUGUUGAUAUGGCGCAGCACGACAAACACGCUGCUCUGUCGUCCCGUGGUCGAUGCUCGAAAUCUACAGAGACACUACCGUAAUUUCUGGCUAAUUACCUGAACAGCGAAAGCAGGUUUUAUUUGGUUUGUAGCGGUACGUUCGUACGACCCGUGCAUAUCUGCUGAUGCCACUGAUCAAAUGAUGUUGUGUUAUACGACCAUUCACUGCGUUUGUUCUAUUGUCGUAGCAGUAGGAUAAUUUCCAGUGAGAAGUAUUGCUAUUGUAGAAAAUUAGAGCGCCACACAAUGCCCUGGCUGGGCAUUGUUGAGUUCCAGGAAAGUGUACACUAUAAACUAUAUUAUAUAUAGUUGGAAGUCAAGAGUAACGGACGCCGCAGUAGCGGUCUGCCAAUCGGUCAUUAAAUUUUUUAAACUUUGGGAAACGCCAACGUAGUUGUUACGUUACGAGUCGCGACUACAAGUCAGAUAUGUAGUUAGAGAAGCAAUAGAUAAAAAUUGUCUCGGGCAGAAUCUGUGUAUCUGUGGCGUUACCUAGAACGCGCAGCGGCAACAUUCACAUAUAGUUUGGUGGUCACAGAACAAUAGCCAUCUCGCUUUAUUAUUCCAGCCAAGCUGUUAGCGACGAGACGCGAGCGCAAACAGCUGGCGUACUCUAGCGGGGCAAGUUUACGUUAGCGUUUCCGUAACGGCUAACGCUAUCGCUACGAUGGCUACACUGUUGACGCUAAAACUGCGGCAACCAACAAGGACAGCCAAUAUUGGCAGUGCGCACAAAUAGGCGUCGAAAACGUCACGCAACCAGCUUUCGAAUCGGGUUGACAUACGUUGGCGGCCGGCGCCAUGACCGCCGCUGGUGAAAACAGCUUCUUGUUCUUUGCGGUGAAAAGUUCUCCUAGGCGAAGAGGCGUCAACGUCAACUCGAGCGGAUCAAUCAUGCCGUGAGCAGACUCGUAUCCCAGCAAUGACGGCGGUGCCAGAAGUAAGGUGCUGCUUAGAACAAAGCAGUCGCGUCAUCAAUGCGUCGUCCAUGGCCUAAACAUACGUAGUGAAUGAAACAGUAUCGCAAUAACGGCUGUACAAAAGAGAGCAGUGAAAGAUUUGUAUGGUUCACUAGCUGCCGUUACAAAUGUUCAACUGUACACAAUAGGUGUAACCCAGUUAGCGACAAAAGGCAUACAGCGAAAACCUGUGAGCGUCCAAGUUGAUCUAAUAACGGAAGUGCUCGCCAACAAAAAGAUGAAAGAAAUCAUCAGUGCUACGCUGAGGAAGUUGCUGGAACGAUUCUUUUUAUAGCAAGAUCACCGUAGGAAUAGGACCUUACGGGUGACAAUCAGCCGAUGAUCAUCGUAACUAACGGCAUCUUUACAAGCGCUACUAAAUGUCGCACCAUUAAGGAGGACCCCAUUCGAUAGACGAUAACAGCAGCGCCAAUACGGAGAGAGAUACGGUGAAGACAUUCGAAUGAAGAUCGUAGAAUGACGUACAAAGCAAGAGCCUUCGCUACAGCAUCUGCGAUGACCUGUCCGUAGCUGAUUGUCAUUUGCAACAGCCAGUCUUUCUCGUACUCUUCAACCGUCGUCAUUGCGCUCACAGCGGCCAGAGUCCGAAGAGUCAUUAUCGUCCUGCCAUGCUCCUCGCAACGGCACUCUAUCCACGGUCGAUUUAGGCGAGAGAAAAGACAACGGCCGCCGCCGCCGCCGCCGCCGCCGCCGCUACCACAAAUCGAGUCGAAUACGAACGAGCGACAUCGCGUAACAUUCACUCACUAUUACUACGACUACGACGCCACCGUCGCCUCCUCCGACGACAACAACUAGGAAGAUGGCUGCGCAAGGGAUAUGCAUUGACAACAGACAAUAAAAACGUUAGCGGCAUAAACAGCCUUGGCCGCAACCGAAGCGCAACUCGUAGCAGGAAAGCGCGAACUGCAACAACGUCUAGCAUUCUUUUUUCUAGGAAUACGACGAGGACGUCGUUUAGUAAGGUAGCGUUUAGUGUGUUGACAUUAGGAAAAAUUGGCAACACGAGUCUAUUGCUGUUACUAAAGGCCGAAUCCAUCCAAUCAACCCCCCUUUCAAGAGGUAACGGGCGAGAACAUCGAAGAAGAGAAAGAGAGAGAAAGCGAAAGAGAGACGCGCAGUCAGCGAGAGCGGUGGGUAUUAUAAGCAACAGAAUACGAGGAAAUAGCGAAAUGUUUUAAAACGAGAAGGAAACGCGACAAGGUUGUGUGUGUGCGUGUCAACUCGAGGCGUGUUUGUGAAACGGGCGCACGUCAACGUGUGCAAGUAUCUACUAGCUGACAAACUCCAACAAAGUAAACGAACUAAGGCGCGAGCGAUCUCCCAUUAAGAAGGCAACGGGACGCCAUGCGACGCGGGGAGAGCUCCGGCGAAGCAACAGACGCCGAACACUUCUAUUACUACCACUACUAUGACGAGUCGGUCACGACAGUGAACUCGCGUAGUGGCCGCUAUAGGAAGGCGCAAGAGGGAAGCAAGCAACGUAUCUCUGUGAAGCGUUGGGUCUUGCACAAACAGUCAUAGUCGCAGCUAUCUGGGGAAGAGUUCCAGAUUGUGGAAAGCGCAGAAAAGACAAUGCUCGGUAUUAUCGCGGACGGGGAGAUGAGGAACCCGUUUGAAUAGUUGUUCAAGGCAUGUCCAAAAAAAGUUUUCGAAAGCAACGCGAAGCCCGAAGUGUCCCAUCAACUUGAAUCGACAGUUCGUUGACGAGUAUCUGCAAAGUAUAGUGCCUCAUUAUUACAAAUGUAUAAGGAUCUUUUAUAAUUGUUGUUGCUCCUGCUGCUGCUACCGCGGAGGUGAUGUUACCCCCCACCGCCGCCGCCGCCUGCAAAUCGUAUUCGUCCUGAAAACAACCGUAUCAUAAUGAAACUCUUCCCGUACAACCUAACAGGAGAUAGUUGUCGCCUCUCGAACGCUGCUAUUUCGUCGUAUACCCUCGUCUACGCCUUCAGCUGUUUUUGACAAAGGAAUAAGGAAAGGUUGUGAGUGUCAAGAAAGACCACCGAAAAAAAAGAACGAAGGAGAGAAAGAUAGCGGCUUCCAGAAGUCUUCAAGAAAACUAGGACCUUACGCUACUGCUGUUUCUACUCGUACAUGCUACAUUGUGGGUGGCUAUUGUGUGUUUUCUGUGUUUGUUGUGUAUUAGUGAACGGAAGUGUAUAUAAGGAAAGAAAUCUAUAUACGUCAUGUAAAUAUAGAUCAAUUCUCUAUAUUCAUUGGGUCAGCAUUGUCCGUCGGGAACGUGACACCUACUAUAAGUUCUAAGUUCUACGACAACUAUUCUUAUACAACACCUCUUAUCGACGUUGCCUUGAGGCUUUGUUGCCAGUUGUCUUUUAUUUCCACGAUAAUAAUAACAAUGAUAUGAAUAAUAAUGCUUAUAAUAAUACGAUAAAGUGUAGGUGAUGCCAAAAAGGUCGAGCAUAAGAAAUCGAAGCAAGACAAAUAAGAGCCGCGCAACGUAAAGAACGGUGCUUUACCAGAACCGAAUACACUGAAGGCAGGGGUGAAAAGUCUGAUUAGGAUCAACAGGUCUGGGGUUGACUUCGGCUUGAUGACGCAGCCGUCAGCGAUCACAACGGUCGGGGUAUCGCGUAAUAGCAAAAAUACAACGUAGAUGAUGACGACAGCAGCGGCUGCUGCAGUCGCAGUAAAAAUUCAAGACGCGGCUGCAAAAGGCGCGACUGUGUGACCCGUAACAAAUGAAGUGGCGUUUCACGGCAGAUCUACAUUUCUAUAGAUAUACAAAAAAUAUUUAAGUACAUAGGUUAAUAGUGUUAUCAAUGUGUUGUCGUCGUCUUUAUUCUGUUUCUUUGUGAAAGUGUGUUCUUGGAUCGUCUCGACGCCUCGGGAGUGACAACGGUCGAAGUGGAAGCCCAUGAUCGAUGAGGAUCAAUAAUACGUUAACGGUUAUUGUUUAGUGAAAGAAGGCCAUUGCUGAAAAAAUAGGGUACCCCUUACCUAUCGCUGGUUCUGCCCGGUGCGAGGCACCGCUGUAGCAGCAAAGAAAACUGCCCGGGGGUUUAUAGUACAGCGUCGAUUGGUCUUUUUUUAUUUGCAUAUAAACUUUUGCCAGGAGAAGCAAAGUCGACAAUGUCUUGUGCGAUUGCUGGCUAAGUCCUCUCAUCAAAACAGGAAAAGGAACAGGGAAAAGUCAUAUAUUGGUAUACAGUGGCACAUCAUCACCUCAGUGAUUUGUAUCGCGCUCAGUGACCACUACUUAGUGGUUCGUAACCCUUAUAAACUCCUCCGUUGAAGAUGAUGCUGGCGAUCGAAAUGGAGUAAUUUAUAAUUACGCGAUGAUGACGAAGAAUCUACGACACCAAAAUGAUGAUUGGUAAGUCAAACGGCACCGUCGGAGUGCCGAGUGUUGCGGGACCUGUGGAAAUUCUCAAGCGACCGUCGUGGGGAGUUGCCGGAGUUAACGUGACCGGGAUCGGGAGCGCUCUUACUCCCGUACCCCUGGUCACAACUGAAAGUGCCACUGUUAACGCCACGACGACGACGGAAAGUUGCCAUAUGAGUGGAGCAGUAGGCGACAUAAAUGAUGGCGGCGGAACUGUAGACGGUGAAGCAGCACCACUUAGCGCCGGACCAGCGACUGGGUCCAUGUCAGGGCCCCGACCAUUACCAAUGGACUAUUCACCCUUCUCCAACUCGAACUCUCCGCCCGUGACGCAGUCAAUUAUGCCGCUUAUUGAGGAGAGUGAAGCUGUGUUAACCGUGUCUCCCUCGGGAAGCGAGCCUCUACGUCCAUCUGUCGCGGGCGUUACGGGCCCCGGCGGUACCGGCGUUGUUGCAGGUGCAAACAAAAUCGUCGUGCCACUCCUGGAACUCCAGCAACAACUUGUCGCCAUGAAACAGGAACAACAAUUACAACAGCAACUCCUUUUGCAGAGUUAUAGACACCAGCAGAGGCAGCUGGCGCAGCAGCACGAAAUGCAACUGCAGGAACGCGUUCGGAUUACUUCUUACUUCCAGAUGUACCUCGAGCAACAGCAGCAGCAGCAGCAGCAGCAGCCGCAGGAAACUGCGGUUGCGGCCGCGGCAAAGUCGCGUGAGCUUGAGCGUCAGGCUCAAGCGCAGGCGCAACAUCAACAGCAGCAGGAAAAGGACAACAACCAGGGAGGCCUAAGCGGACAGCAAUCAACAACCCGGAAGGAAUCACCAGGCCCAGCCGGGGUCGGUAGCGCGCCUGCUACGAACAGCUCUUGCAAAAAAGAUGUCACGUCGGUAGGUUCAGCAGGGCCUUCCUCUAGCCAAAGUGGGAAAACGAGUCAACCCCAACUACAAAGGACCGGUAGUGGCGGUGUGUCAGCAGAGGUGAAACAAAAGCUGGCCGAGUUCGUGCUCGCUAAGAAGCAACGGGAAGCUGCCCAGAACGGGGUUGCCCUACGCCAUCCGUGGGCUCAGCGUCCACAGAUGUCGCUCGAUCAGUCUUCACCACCACCGGCGAACGGAAGGCCAGGCGCGAGCUCUGUGCCUGGCAAGAGCGACUUCCCUCUCAGGAAAACCGCGUCCGAGCCCAACCUCAAAGUGCGCUCUGUGCUAAAGCAGAAGGUGAUGAACAGAAGUUCACCACUGCUACUUCGACGUCGCGGCGAAAAGCUCAUCCGAAGGAGGAUACCGGUUUCUCUAGACAGUCAGAGUUUUGUGUCUACUAGUGAAGGGUCACCACCGAGUGCUGCAUCCGCGCACUCAUCCCUUCAUUCGUCGUUUGGUUCAUCGAAUGGGACGCCUAUCUCAGAGGAGCUUGGACCACCGGGCGUACCAAGUAUUGCCGCCCUUGUUCCGGGGGCGUCAUCAGGUGCCCCAAAUCAGCAGACACCCAAUCAAAGUGCGUGUUCGGUUUUAACUUCGGGUGGGCAAAUUCUUGAACAAUCGAUGCUGUAUUCGUCGCCAUCCAUGCCGAACAUUUCGCUCGGAAGACCGUCCGCUGCCCAGCCCUCGCCAAUUAUUGACGGGAAAAUGUUGAGCUCGAUGUCGGAAGUCCAAGUGCGUGCCAUGGCUGCCGCCAGACUCGGCCUGCCGCUCGUCUCUUACCAUGUUCUCCAACCUAACUUAGCGUUCUGUUCACAACUGCCUGUGAUAGACGGAGACGUAACGCCGCCGACAAGUCCGGUGUUCGUGCACAGCAGCCAUUUACGCAGCCUCGAGCAGCAGUCUGGCACUGGGGGACUGAUCGGCGUUGGCUUGAUGACUACCUCCCCUAUGGCCACUGCGGUAUCAUCAGCAGCCGGUACCACAAGCAGCACCGCAGUAAACGGAGUUAAUGUCACGAGCGUCGUUGGCGGUAACGAAUCGACCGCAAGUCAGGCUCGACUUCAACGGUCGAUCCUUCGACCGCUCGGCCGUACCCAAUCGGCACCAUUACCACUCGGCCACCCGCUACUUCAGUCCCCUGCCGCCGUUCAGAAGCUUACCCUUCACCAGCAGCAACAGCAGCAGCAGCAGCAUCAGCUAAUUAAACACCAUAUUCGGCAUACAGUGCUUACUCGUGCCAGCAGUAAAAGCAACGUCCUUGGCCAGGUCCCGGAGCAGAGUUCCGUCGUCGAGGAAAACGAGGAAAUGAAUCAGGACGAUGACGAUGAACAAAUGACUAUAGCGACAAGCGAGAUCUUCACCCAGGCAACAAUAACAGCAGCAUCCCCAACGACGAUGUCACCGUCGCCGCCGUCAUCGUCGUUAACGGCGGCAGCCAAACGUCUAAACGUCACAACAGGAACAGUGACAACAACGAGUGACGCGUCGGCGACAAUAUCAGUCACCGGCAGAGGCAGCCACACUGCUUCUCAACAGCCAGGCACGACACCAGCAGCAGGCGCCACAACGCCGUCGAUUACUUCGUCGUCAUUAGCGUCGGCGUCUCCCGGCGUGACGCCAUUGACAGUGGAUGACGAGGCCAGUGAACAGAAGCAACAGCCUUCGGUGAUUCAGCGGCAAAGAUUGUGUAGUGAAUCAAGCAGUAAACACCAACUCCGUCGGUUAUCCCGGACGCUGAGUUCACCGCUAGUCUCAUUGGAGAGGAUUUCCAGUCAGGGCUCGUCGAGCGCCUUCCAGACACUGCAAAGCAAUCCCCAGGCGACGGCUCUGGUGUACGAUAGCGUUAUGCUAAAGCACCAAUGCGUGUGCGGACACUUCUCAGAGCACCCGGAACACGCUGGCCGACUGCAGAGCGUCUGGGCGCGUCUGCAGGAGACGGGGCUCGUCGCUCGAUGCGUGCGACUGCGCUCCCGCAAAGCCACGCUCGACGAAUUGCAGCUGGCUCAUUCCGAGGCCUACACUCUUUUACUCGGCACAAACCCGUUAAACCGUCAGAAGUUGGAGUUCGAGAAACUCGAGUUGCCGUUAAAGAGCUUCUUGAUGCUACCCUGUGGGGGCGUGGGGGUAGACCUAGACACAACGUGGAACGAGCUGCAUACGGCGGGUGCCGCCCGCAUGGCAGCGGGCUGUGUCAUCGAACUCGCCUGCAGAGUGACCGCGGGGGACGUCAAGAACGGCUUUGCUGUGGUGCGUCCUCCCGGUCAUCACGCCGAGCAUCAGCAAGCGAUGGGUUUUUGCUUCUUCAAUUCACUGGCAGUCGCCGCCAAGAAAGCCCAGCAGCGUUUCAACCUCGAACGAAUUCUUAUUGUCGACUGGGAUGUGCACCAUGGCAAUGGGAUUCAGCAAAUCUUCUACCGAGACCCACGUGUCCUUUACAUCUCCAUGCAUCGCCACGAUGAAGGUAAUUUUUUCCCGGGUACAGGUGAUCCGCACGAAAUUGGCGAAGAAGCAGGUCGAGGUUUCAACGUGAACGUAGCUUGGAGCGGUGGCCUGAACCCGCCUAUGGGCGACGCGGAAUAUCUGGCCGCAUUCCGGUCAAUUGUGAUGCCAAUUGCCAGGGACUAUAGGCCUCAACUUGUGCUCGUGGCCUGUGGCUUUGAUGCGGCCAAAGGACACAAAACAACUCUAGGAGGAUACAACGUUUCAGCGGCUUGUUUUGGUGCUAUGACGCGACAGCUAAUGUCGAUAGCAAAUGGAAAAGUGGUACUGGCACUUGAAGGCGGUUACGAUUUGCCAUCCGUAUGCGACUGCUCGGAGGCCGUCACCCGAGCCCUACUUGGCGAAGAGCUCUGCUCACAGGUUUCCGAGGUAGAAUUAACCCGCAAGCCAGUGGCCUCCGCUAUAGAGACACUCAAAAGGACAGCUGUUAUUCAAGCACCAUACUGGCCGUGCACGAAGCAAUGGGCGGCUACCAUAGGUUGCUCGUCCUUAGAGGCGAUGCAGUUAAGUAAGGAUAGCGAAGACACCGUUACAGCUAUGGCGCUUUUAUCUGUGGCCAGGCAAGGUAGCCCUGAUAAUCGCAGCAAAUUUGAAGAACCAAUGGACCAGGACAAGUCCAAUAUGUAACGAAGGGUUGUUCCCGAAAUUCCUUUAUCGUAAAAUUUCCUGGAACCCCACUAGAAUAACGAGAAGUCGCAUCGCUCCUCUCCGUCCCCGAUACUCGGUAUCGAACCCCGGGAUAAAUAGUGCUAGUAUUCAGCACGAGCAUAUAAAACAGUUACAUCCAAAGGGAAAGCCAAGUCAGCUGUUGGUUAUUAUCUCGUAUAGAAAAAUAUCCAUCCCUUGAGCGUUGCUGAAUUCAACAACAGUCAAAGGAUAAGCAGCACAUUGCUAGACACAGAAUCGAACACGGCAAAAAUGUAAAACCCGUGUAAUCAUGCUAGCGAUAUCAUUGUGAACAUAUUACAAAACCAAAUCAAUUAAAUAGGGCCAAAAAACGAAUACAGGAAAGGUAAUUAGUCCUGAAAACUUCAUUCUGCUCAUGACGAUGCUGGUGAUGAUAAACAAAUAAAAGAUGAUAAUCAUCGUAAUGGUAAUAACGGAUAUGAGGAAUGAGCCUCGUUGAUGAUUAUUAUGCUCAUGAUGAUAUUGUUGGCGAUGUUGUUAAUAUAUAUAUAUAUAUAUAUAUAUAUAUAUAUGCUGACAGGUAAUCGGAAAAACGGAGCGCGGCUUGAGUAGGCCGCUUCAUCUGUUCAUGAGUAACGUCGGUAUCAAUUAUCGAUUAAAAUGGACUGGAUUAUAGCAAGCAUCGGAAAGUUAAAUUUAUAAUUUGUAGAUAAUUAGGUUGCAGCAGCAGAAAAGGCUGUUAAAAUUGGAUUCACUCAGUCAUCGGCUCAUUUGCACUUGUCAGCGGUCUCAUCAAUAUAUCUCAUUACUAUAUUUGCCUGUGAACAAGCAACCUGAAAGGCAACCGAGUGCUGUACCUAAUUACUGCUAAAAUCGAACCGCCCACUGUUAUGUGUCAGAUCUUCUGCCUAUUGUAUCGGAGGUCACUGGAAAAAAUAGGUCUUAGCGUAGCAUUAACACACGAUGAAACCUUGACCCUUUCGGUUCACCCGUGACCUUCAGGAAAUUCCCCUUAAAUCAACAGAAAUGUCGAUGCAGCGGUCUUUUCAAGUGGAUGGAAAGAAAGCUGCCUAAAAAAUUUAACUGUUAGUUAAAAUAUGUUAUUUAAGGUGUACCAUCUCUAACUAUAUGAUACUACCGACUAUUCAAGCCAAACUAAGAAGAUUAAAUGACAAAGAAUUAUAUAUAUAUAUAUAUAUAUAUAUAUAUACAUAAGACUACUAUGUUUUUGUCUCGUGCCAUAACUCAAAAUUAACAAGGAUAAAAAUAUUGAUUAACGCUAACUAGUAAUAAUAAAAACAGUAAAAUAACUGACGUCACCCGGCGACAUCAAAAGCGGCGACAUCGUGUGUGCAAAGUGUUUCUCCAGGCCUCAGCCUUCGUCCAUUACGCGAAUGUGGUCGCAGCUUUCAGCUCGCAUGACAACAACACGACCAGCAACAGUUAAUAUGAAAGCAUUAAAUGAACUGAGACUUUAGGCUCAGGGUUACACGGCCGGGGAUCUCCGUUCUGUAGAAAGGAAAAACUGAUGGAAAUACAAAAAGUGAAAGCUAUUAUAUCGACACAACUACCGGCCAGUCGGAGUACAGCUGCCCUGGAAAAUAUUAUUUUGAUCAGCAGAGUUUUGAGAUUUGGGUGUGGGAGAAAAAAUAAAACAAUAUUAUAAUACUAACUAAUAUCAAAUAGAAGGUGAAGUGUCAGACAUUCCCACUCGUUCGCGACCCGCCGCCCUGUCCACCGAUGACCGAGUGAACCGAACCCACUCGUAUAUGUAUAUACUAUGACGAAUAUGUUGAUAUAUAAGUAUGACAUACAUACGCAGACACAUACACGCACUCGCUCCUGCGGAUUAGAGAAACAGACAUAAAAGCAGAAAGACAAGGCGCAAGAUGCUGCUGAGUUCUAACAAAAAUAUGACAACAUCAAUGACGUGUACAAGGUACCGGCAGCAAACGAUAGCAGACGAUAACGCGCGACAGACAGGACUGACGCAGUCAAACAAAUAGCAAAAUGAUGUUACUAUAUAAUAUAUAAUAUGCAUAUUUGAUUUUUGGCGGGUCGCGUGGCGUGUGAAAGUUGUUCAUUUAAGAGAUAAGAAGGUUAUGAAUAAUAAGUAUAUUUAUACGAUGUUGGUGGAGUUCCCCAGAUGAAUACUAAAUAAAUUUAUCUAUGUUAUUACGACCACACUAUA